GGUUUUGUCAUCUUAUCCAUAUUCAUUGCGUUAAACCGUUUGGUAUUUCAUAUUAUAAUUUUUUAGAAAUUUUCCUCGUAAUGAGACUUCAUUUAUUGGAAACAACGAAAAGAAUGUAUCUAGAAUUUUAUUUGAAAAGGAAGUUAUAAUUUUGUCAAUCAGUUAUGGCUCUAAUAUGAUGACUAUGGAUUUAGUUUAUAUGCCCUUUUCCCUGACAUUACUUUCAUCUACGUUUAUAAUAAAUUGCUAUGGAGAUACAACAGUUAUUCAGUCUGAAACAACACUCACAAUAACUGAAGCAACACUCACAACACUUGAAGUAACGCUGAAUACAACACACGAAGCAACACUCACAACACUUGAAGUAACGCUGAAUACAACACAUGAAGCAACACUUGAAGUAACGCUGAAUACAACACAUGAAGCAACACUCACACCACUUGAAGUAACGCUGAAUACAACCAAAGAACAGAUAACAGAUGAAAGACCUGACUUUAUAUGGAUAGCUUAUGUGGUGGUGUGUGCUUUGCUGCUCCCAUUAGUUGUUGUGUUUAUUGUCAAUUGCAUAAUAGUAAGGCGAGAUGACAAGCAAGAAAAAGAUACGCCUGAAAAAGCGUAAACAUACUAGUGUAACGUAAUCCAAAUACUUUAUUUACUUGGGUGUCUUAUUUAUUGUAUUCAUUUGUGAAUGAAAUUUUGGAGAAUUUCAAAUAGGUAUUAAAUAAAAUCAAAAUUUAUUAUUUUGUAUAAAUUUCA